UAUUUGUUUCAAUAAAGGGUUGGAUUCAUGAGGUUCUAUCUAUCAUCUAUGGGAGGUGCUACAGCUGUUUCGAGAAUGAAGUUUAAUAUUGAUAAAAAUAGUCAGCCAAUCUGAAAAGAUAGAACCAGUAACAUGAUGGGAGAUGAUGCAAUCAAAAGGCUGUUUUAGCUAAAUGUUGAUAUGGACAAAGUGGAUCUGCAAAAGGGGAGUCCCCCUUGGGUGUAUCAAAAUAGAAAAAAGGCAGAAAAGCGAUGACUUUGUUGUUGUAAUAAGAAGGGUUAGGAAAGGCUGGCAAGUUAGUGCAUUUGGAUAAUAUUUCUGAAUGGUCUAAUGGGGGGAGGUAAAUUGGUUUUGGUUUCUUUCAUUUGCUUUUGAGUUACUACCAAACCCCAUUAAUUUAAUUUAAUAAGAGCAGCUUUACCUUUCUUUUAACUGCCAAAAAACAGUUUCCCUGCUUUAUCAAACAAAGGAAAAUGAAAGGUGUGCUUAAGUUAGGUAGGAAUUUGAGAAGGAGAAAGUUACGGUCUUGUGGGGUAUAGUAAACAUUGUAACAUUGACAAGCCGAUGAAAAAAUCGUCCUUCAAAUCCGCUUUAUACCCGUGGGCACUUGUUUGGUUGUUGGUGUGAUAUAUAAUCUUUGUAAAUGUAACUAUCGUUGAAUCACGUGAUUGUGCUUUCUUGUUGCCAUCCAUCAAGAUUCUCUUAUUUUAUUCCCUUCUCUUUCCCCUGUAGAAAUUGGUUGGAAACUCUUUUGCAUUUGCGUGUAUAUAUAUGUUUUUAUGUUACAGUUAUACAUUGGUUUUUCCUGUUUGUUUUUAUCUUCUUUUUCUUUGUGCUUUAUGGGUUAAUACUGUCUGAGGGUUCAAAGUUUGGUCUUUUUGAUUGAACACUAAUUAGAAACAGUGAAGUAUCAGUUUCUUCCACUAUACAUCAACCAAAAAACAGAAAAAGAAAAAAUUAUUUUUAUAUAAAAGAAAUGGAAAGGAAAUAAAUGAGGGUCCUUCUGCAUUUAAGAGUUCUGUCUGAUAAUUCUAGUGUAGUUGAGCUUCAACCCCUUUUAAGGUUCCAUAAAUUUUCUAGUAAUUGGAAUCUGGGGUGUCAUUUGGCUACAUGUUCUUUCUUUUUAUGAGAUUUUAAAGAUGUACUUAGUUUUCUAAAAGUUUGGUGAGUGAUGUUAUAGAGGUAUGGAAGCCAUGUGGGUGAAUGUGACAUGCUUUUUAUCUCCUCUAUUUGCGGGUGCAUAAAGUAGGGAUAUGCGUGGAUAUCCUUGGAAAUUUCAUCUUCAAAGUGCAUUGGUUUAUUUUAUUCUUUCUUUCAAAUUCUUGGUGUUGGAUUGUGCCACUUAAGUUUGGCAUAUGUUUCAGUGUUAAUUUGCAGCUAAUUGUGCUCACUUGCAAGAAACUCAGGCUGAAGAUUGAGGCAAAAUUGUCAUGGAUCUUGAGUUUGGAAGGUCCUUGGAUACUUCAAAGGAUUCUUGGAAGACCACAUUGCUUUUAGCAUACCAAAGCCUUGGUGUGGUUUAUGGGGACCUGAGUACUUCCCCUCUUUAUGUCUACAAGAGCACAUUUGCUGAAGACAUUCAACAUUCAGAAUCAAAUGAAGAGAUUUAUGGUGUUCUAUCUUUUGUCUUCUGGACUCUUACUUUAGUCCCCUUAUUCAAGUACGUGUUUGUGGUUCUUCGAGCAGAUGAUAAUGGACAGGGAGGUACUUUUGCAUUAUAUUCUCUGAUAUGCCGACAUGCAAAACUUAGUCUUCUGCCCAACAGACAGGUUGCUGAUGAAGCACUCUCUACAUAUAAACUUGAGCACCCUCCAGAGAAAAAAAGCAGCUCAAGAGUAAAAAUGUACCUUGAGAAGCACAAGGUCUUGCACACUGCUUUACUAAUCUUGGUUCUCCUUGGUACUUGUAUGGUAAUUGGAGAUGGAGUUCUCACCCCAGCUAUUUCUGUUUUCUCUGCUGUGUCUGGCCUCGAGUUAUCCAUGUCCAAGGAACAUCACCAGUAUGCAGUUAUGCCAAUCACUUGCUUCAUUUUGGUGUGUCUUUUUGCACUUCAACACUAUGGUACACAUCGGGUCGGAUUUUUCUUUGCUCCAGUUGUGUUAACAUGGCUACUAUGCAUAAGUGCCCUUGGCUUAUAUAAUAUAAUCCACUGGAACCCACAUGUCUAUCAAGCUCUUUCUCCCUAUUACAUGUUCAAGUUCUUGAAGAAGACAAGGAAAGGUGGAUGGAUGUCUUUAGGAGGCAUACUGCUCUGCAUAACAGGCUCUGAGGCAAUGUUUGCUGAUCUUGGUCACUUCUCUUAUGCUGCAAUUCAGACUGCUUUUACCUUUCUGGUUUAUCCAGCCCUUAUAUUGGCAUAUAUGGGCCAAGCUGCUUACUUGUCUCAACAUCACGAUACGAGUUACAAGAUCAGUUUCUAUGUCUCAGUUCCAGAAAGUGUGAGGUGGCCUGUGCUAGUAGUAGCAAUUCUUGCUUCCGUUGUGGGAAGCCAAGCAAUCAUUAGUGGAACAUUCUCAAUCAUCAAUCAGAGCCAAUCACUUGGUUGUUUUCCUAGAGUCAAGGUUAUUCACACCUCUGACAAGAUACAUGGCCAGAUUUAUAUACCUGAAAUCAAUUGGGUGCUCAUGAUCCUCUGCAUUGCUGUGACCAUUGGAUUUAGAGACAUAAAACACAUGGGGAAUGCAUCAGGGUUGGCAGUGAUGACUGUGAUGUUGGUGACGACAUGCCUCACCUCCCUAGUUAUUAUCCUCUGUUGGCACAAACCUCCAAUUGUAGCUCUUUCCUUUCUUCUUUUCUUUGGUUCUAUUGAGUUGCUUUACUUUUCAGCUUCACUCACCAAGUUCACAGAAGGUGCUUGGCUCCCUAUACUCUUGGCCCUUUUCCUCAUGACAAUCAUGUUUGUAUGGCAUUAUGCCACCAUCAAGAAAUAUGAAUUUGAUCUCCACAAUAAGGUAUCACUAGAAUGGCUAUUAGCAUUGGGUCCAAGCUUAGGAAUUGCUCGAGUACCGGGUAUCGGCUUAGUUUUUACUGAUCUCACCUCAGGAAUCCCUGCUAACUUUUCUCGUUUUGUCACCAACCUUCCUGCCUUCCACCGCGUCCUGGUCUUUGUGUGUGUGAAAUCAGUACCUGUCCCCUUUGUGCCCCCGGCUGAGCGUUAUCUUGUGGGCCGUGUUGGUCCUGCCACUCAUCGUUCUUAUAGGUGCAUUGUUCGUUAUGGAUACCGAGAUGUACACCAGGAUGUAGAUUCUUUUGAAUCAGAGCUAGUUGCCAGAUUGGCUGAUUUCAUCCGCUAUGAUUGGCUUCGGAGCCAGCACACUAAUCCCUGUACUGAGGAUGACUCUAAUGAAUCAACGAGUGAAUGCAGAUUAGCUGUGAUUGGGACAUUGGCAUUUUCUGGCACACCAGCUUUUGAGAUUGAGGAAAGUGUGCAACCAGCAAGUGUAUCUGUUGGAUUCUCAACAGUAGAGAGUGUAACAGAUGUUAUCGAGAUGGAGCCUGUGCGUGCUGUUGAAAAAAGAGUUAGAUUUGCCAUUGACGAUGAUGAUGAUGACUCCGAAUCUGAUGUGCGGACUGAUAUGGAGGUGAAGUUACGAGAAGAGCUUGAAGAUCUAUUGGCAGCCCAAGAAGCUGGGACUGCAUUCAUACUAGGGCACUCACAUGUUCGAGCAAAGCAAGGAUCUUCUGUUUUAAAGAGAUUGGCCAUCAAUUUUGGGUACAAUUUCUUGAGAAGGAAUUGCAGGGGACCAGAUGUGGCACUUAAGGUGCCACCAGUAUCUUUGUUAGAGGUUGGCAUGGUUUAUGUGGUGUAAGCUUCUAACUAA